CCUUCGCCUCGGUGCGUCCUGGAAGCAGCGCCGCCUCUUGCCCGGCGUCACUUCCCCGAGAGCAGCUGGAGAAGGAGAAGAUGGCGGCGCUGGGGGAGCCGGUGCGGCUGGAGAGAGACAUCUGUCGGGCUAUUGAGUUGCUGGAAAAGUUGCAAAGGAGUGGAGAAGUGCCCCCACAAAAACUACAGGCUUUGCAAAGGGUCCUUCAAAGUGAAUUCUGCAAUGCUGUGCGGGAGGUAUAUGAGCACGUGUAUGAGACUGUGGACAUCAGCAGUAGCCCAGAAGUGAGAGCUAAUGCCACAGCCAAGGCCACUGUUGCUGCCUUUGCUGCCAGUGAGGGUCAUUCCCAUCCCAGAGUCGUUGAACUACCAAAAACAGAAGAAGGGCUCGGAUUCAACAUCAUGGGCGGCAAAGAGCAAAAUUCUCCAAUCUAUAUAUCCCGAAUUAUCCCAGGUGGUAUUGCUGAUAGACACGGGGGAUUGAAGCGUGGAGACCAGCUUCUUUCUGUAAACGGAGUGAGUGUUGAAGGGGAGCACCACGAGAAAGCCGUGGAACUGCUAAAAGCGGCUCAAGGAAAAGUUAAGCUGGUUGUACGAUACACACCCAAAGUCCUUGAAGAGAUGGAGUCACGAUUUGAGAAAAUGAGAUCGGCAAAACGCAGGCAACAGAAUUAAUGUUUUACAUAUAGCUUAAGGAAAAGCAUGAACUUCGCUUGUCUGGAAACGUCAUCUUAUAAUUAGAAAAGGAUGUUAAUUUUGUUAACGCUUUGUCUUUUACAAAUAACUCUUGAACAUCUUAAUGCUUCUGAGAAGAAAAGUUUACAUGGGCAUUUGUAGCUAUGUGGUUUUACAGAUCCUUUAUUUACCAUUCAAACCUGUAACCAUCAGAACAAAUUUGUAAAGUGUUUUUAAUAUACAUUUUAAUAAGCUUUUUUCAGCAUUUGUAACAUCUGUUUUCUAGUACUUUUUUCCCAUUUGGCAUUACUUAAAACUGGAAAUAUUUAUUUUGGAUACAGAUAUAAAACAAGUUUUACUCUUUUUGACACUAAAUUUAGUCUUCUACAUACAGGUAGUCAUAAUUAUGUGGUCAAGUACAAUUAGUGCUUUUGAUGAACAAGUUUCUAUGCAUGUUCUCAAUCAUAACUUUAUAUGGUUAAUGACAUCUUGGACACUUUCUUACCUCUUUUGUGAAUAAUUGGUAACAGGCAGUCUCUUAUUUUUAACGUUUCAGUGAUUGACAUCACUACCAGCAAUCAUUCCUAUAAUUUAGAUACUUUUGUACUAAUUUCUGAAUACUUGGAGAAAGUGGAAAGCAUACCUGACUGUAGUUGUGUAUUUAUAUUCAGUAAGGUAAAAUUGCAUGCAGUGCAGAAAAGAUUGUAUAUGUACUCCAGACUUUCUUCUAUUGUAAGUUACUUCUGCAACUGCAUCUACUUGUUCUCUUAACAGUGAUGGAUGUGACCCACAUCAGGUACCUUAGUGGGUGGUGUGCUCUUCCUUACUAGAGCAUCAGAGUUCUUUCAGUAUGCUGUUUGCAGUUGUCAUAGUGACACAGAAAAGCUAACAGAUACCGCAAAUUCUUUUGUAAAAACACUCAGGCAGCAGACACUACUCUCUAUCAGAAAAGGCAUUCCUUGCUUGUGUAAAUCCACUGGGCAUGCUUUUAACCCAAAGUGGAUAGCAUUUUGGUACAUCACAUAUGGAUUCCCCCUCCCCCUCCCCAAACUGUCUAUAAAGUAAGUGCAAAUCCACAACUGAAGUUUCAGCAGAUGGCUUGUGCUAAGAAAGAGCUAGUAUGUUUAGGGUGCUUAGAAAAUAUCCACCUGGAGUGCAAAUAUAUCCUUUUCUAGAGUCUGGGAAUCUCUAUAAAGAGAUUCAUUUGGCUGGUGAUCUGCCAAAGUUAUACUGUGGUGGGCUGUGCUUUGCAACUAGAUUCCUGUUUAUCCCUUCAGACUACUGUGGAUGAAAAUGCCUGACCAACAUAUAGUUCCUUCAUGCCAUGGCUUCCAGAUGCUCUACCUCAAAACUGCAAACCCUUGAAGCUCUGUUUAAGUUUAAAGUUGCCUCCCUCUUUUAGCAUAAGCUGCCAAGCCAAAACAAAGAACUUGCAGCAGCUGGAGACAUGUAAUUUUCAGCUGAGCCCCACAACUGUACAAGUUCAUCUUUUGGGGGUUUAGAAGAUCAGUUAGCAAAGAGACUCUUCGCUUUUGCAAAUGUGGUUUUUUUAAAAAAAAAUCUUGUCGUUGGUAGUGAUGUGGUCACUAAAAUUGUCAGUCAGCUUGCUAGACCUGUGUGAUAACUGUAGUGGCAGUGGAGAAUGAGUUCCUGCAGACAUUACUGACCUGCAUUAUAGAUGCUUUCAUUGCUGCUCAUGUUACUGUACCGGGUUAAAUCUUCCAACUUUAUUUAAACAGAGCACUACUUAAACUUGCUUAUAGACUGUAAAGUUUAAUCCUGGAAGCAUUUGCGCCACUUUCAGCUGUUCAGAAAGAUGACACAAAGGACCAGUCUCUAAUUCUCAAGUUAAUUUUUUUGAGCCAAGAAACUAUCUUGCCAGUGCUUAUCCAGAGAGAGACAGUAGUUUGAUCGAUGGACAGUGGAAACUACACUGAACCAUGUUGCUUCAGGAAUAUGGAUUUUAUUGGGAUUUAUUUCUGAGUAAGCUUGCCCAGGAUGGCAAACCUUUUCUUGCCGAAUUUCAGUAUGUUGCCUUCCCUCAAUCGCUUUGAUUGAGCUUCAAGCCAUUAUGUUGACAUCUUCAGCCUAGCAACAUUGCAGGAAAAUCAUUUUUGUGAGGGGUGUAUGUAAAAGAGAGUUAUUCUGCUUUUCUUAGAACCCCUGUCUUGAAAGCUUCAGUUGUACAAGCGCUGCAUGGAGCCCUGCUUCCACCCUUUCCUCACUAAUCUGCUGCCACUAUUCCCUGCUCUGCCUGAGAUGAAAAUAGCCAGUGGUUCAAUUUCCUCCCUUAGUAAAGAACUAAAAAAGGGCUACCUUGAUGAAACUUGAACAUUCCUGGCUUGGUAUAUCUAGCAUUAGCCUGGUUAUCCACUGGAUGUCAGUGUUCAGCUGUAAAUGCAUCCAAGUGGAUAGGAGUAAGUGUUCUGCAACAUGUCUCCUCUGCAUGAACUACAUGCAGUCAAAUAUAACUAGAGUGCCAAUAUAAAUGAUCAGGAGAGUAGAUUUUUUAUUCUAACGACAGCGUAAAUCUUACAUUUGUUUGGAUGACGGGGGGCGUAUCUAGGAAAGUUGAUUCAAGUAACCUUAAAUCAUUUGAGCAUUUAGACAGCAUAAGCCUACAGUAAAUUGAAGAUUUAGUGACUGAAGCCAUGAAGCAUGUAUUAUUAUUUUGUCUUUUUUUGUCACUUUGGGCUUAUCCAUACGUACCUUUACUCUGCUCUCUGCAGGCACGGCCUGCACUUUAAAGCUCCAUGUAUGAGCACCUUUUUUCCUUUUUGCCCCAGAGCUUUCCCUGUGAAAGCCGGCUCUUUAAAGCUCAGUUGGCACAAAUAGCAAUCUGCAGGAAACCCAAACUGGCGUUUGUUCCAACUGAGCACUAAAGAGUCCAUUUUUGUGGGGAAAGUUCUGGGGUAAAACAAACAAACAUUUGGACACAGAGCUUUUAUAAGCAGGAUCUGUGCCUGGAAACUGCAGGGCAAAAGGUAAGUGUGGGUGAGCCUUUAGAUAAGUGAGCACUGAAUUGCACGGUUUAAAUAUGUAGCCAGCUGCAGAAGGCAACCAGCUGUACCAUGUUGAUGGACUGUAUAUUUUUUAUGGAGCAAUUAAUAUUUAAAAUAAUGAGACCAAAAGAAGUAGUUGGGCCAAUCAGGAAGUAUUUUAUUUUAAUUAUAUAUAAUACUAGAUUUGUGUUGGAGGUUUCUAUAGUAAAAAGAAUAGGGUCAAACAAAUACUAUAAUAAAAAUAGUUUAAUCUACUUUUACUGAAUAUAGACAUGUGUUUUGUUACUCUAAAAAGGGUUAGCUUGAAGGUAGCCUGGGCCGUUGUUGAAAAGUGCUUAUGGCUAUAAUCCUUUUGCCGCUUGCCUGGGGUUGAUCACCAUUGAAUUUGAUGGGACUUGCUUCUAAGUAGACAUGUAUAUGGUUGCACUGCUAGGGGGUUUUAUUAUCAAGCCUGGCAUAUGGAUUCAGUAGGCUCCAGGCCUUUUGGAUUAAAGUCUGGUGUGUAGCAAAUGGCCAGAUAGUGGCAAAAUAUAUUUUGCCUCUGUCUUUCUCAGAAUCAAAAGCAGUGUGUAAAAGAUGUGCUGCUAAACCCAUCUCAUAUCCAAAAUUUGGAUCAGUAGAAACUGUGAAAGAGGCACAAAGCCUGAUAGAUGUGUGUGUGUCUACUUAAAACUGGUCUCUCUUUUUCUUAGUCACUGCAAUACAAAUGGGAUCCUGAGCCCAGGUUGAAAGCCAGUUUUUAAAGUAAAGUUAGAUUCGUUGGAGAAUCAAGAAAUGAACAUAUAAGAUACUACUGAACAGGUGCAAUGACUACAUUGUAUUGGUGUGUGCACAUAUGCAAUAAUUUAAUAGCCAGCAAAAAUUAAAACAGACAAUACUGUGUGUGUAAUGUAGUCUUUAUGUACUUAAUUGCUGCUUGAGGGCCCUGUACAUUUUUUAGGAACAUGAAAAUAAAGAAUUGAAAUUUCA